GUCCCACGCACGAAGUUUUUUUUCUCCGUGUAGCAACUAACAUCGGUUAUCUGCUUUCGACUCCCUCUCUUUGUUAAACUGCUUAAAUGAGGCUAAUUUUACGAAACGACACAUAUUAUAUUCGCGACCGCGAAAAUUCGCCCCUUGUGGCUACUCAAGAAGAAGGCCCUCCUGCUAUUAUCUAUCACGGAAAAAAAAAACUUCUCAGGUACUAUUAUACGUAAAAUAGCGCCAACUUCAGGCGGUAGCACGGAGUCGGGAGCCCUACGCCUACAGCCUGUAGAGCUGGACUCUGAAGCUGUAAGGCUCAGCACUACUGCCUGUAAUUGGCGCUCUUUUACCUUAAGUGCUAGAAUCACAGCUAAGUUUUUUUUUCCGUGAUGACAUCAGCGAUAUUAGUACUUGGAUGGAAACCAUUAGCGACAUUGGCAUCUUACGCAGCAUCAGUGAUAAAAAAUCCAUGCAGUGAACCGCAAUGGCACUUAAAAUGUUCCCUGAUUUUCGAGGAAAAAAACUUUCCCGACAUUUUCCCCGCGCUGCGGGAUAGCUAUGAAGGGUAAGAGAGGUCGCCAUGACACUCAGAUGAACACGUGAUUUUAAUUGCAAGUUGCGUGUAUCGCUACAAUCUUCCUCUCCCUCCCCCUCCACUCCAAAAAAAAGGCAUCAUAGAACAAGGAGAUUAUGUUUGUCAAUCGCGUUCUGUGCGUUUUAAAUGCCACGCACUUUUUUCGAAGAGGAGUUCGAUCUAUUUUGGAAUUUUCGUUGAAGGACACGAUGCGCGCCAGUUUUUUAUUCAAUCGUGUCGAUCACGCGCGUCAGCGUCGCGUAGUCGUACAGCGCGUGUCGUACUUACAGGAAAAUUUACUGCUUCGCAAUUUAAUUUUUUUUCUUUCAAAAGUAUUAGUCUGAGGCAACGAACGAUUUUUCAGUCAGUGAUAAACUGGAACCGAAGAAAGAUCGGAGCUUUAAGCUAUCUUGAGUUUACCUUUAAAUAUGUCCCGAGCACCUCGAUAAUUUCCCAUAGCCGUGUUUCUAUCGCAAGAAAUCCGAUGUCCAUCGGCACCUCUAGGGGACCUCUGUUGUUUUUCAGCGCCCUUGCCGCCCUUGCCCAUGUUUCCGAAGCCCUUGCCCGUGUUUCCGGAGCCCAAGGUGGUCUGAAAUGGGGCCCUUUGAGGGAGCAUGAGCAUAGGAUCUACAUUGCGACGCGAAGGGAGCCUUGCAAUCCGGCGAUCAGUUGCUCCUCGGAAGACGCCGAAUGGUCGGCCGUCGGAGAGCGUCCCCAGGCCCAGGUUACGGGCCCUCAACUUUGCGAGUCGCUAAGGAAGAGCUUCAACCAGCUUCACGUGUCACAACACGGAAACUGCCCCAAUCCAGUCUCUGCUGAAUGCUCUGGGCUCAAAUGCAACUUCGUCAUGGAUACUUCUUCCCAGACCUCCUUAUUCCGCAGCAACUCCAAACGUAAGAAGACUCUCAGUGAGUGUGCUAGUACAAUCAAGGCAGAACACGAGAAGUUUAUGGAAAGGGAAAACGAUUUUCUGAAGAGGAAAAACACCGCCAAGCCAACGUAUCCUUGCACAUGUCCACACUGCCGCAAUUGCCCUUUGGCCAUCUACGGUUGUCCCUACUGCCCCUUUCAUCCGCGGAAAGUCAACGACGGAGAGAUGGAAAGGCCAGAUGAAGAAUAUGCAGGAAUGAGGGAGCAUGUAGGGAGUUUGAACAUUCCAGCCCUGAUGGGAAGGGGAAAGUCCAACCGUUAUGAUCCUCCCCUGAGCAUGGCAAGCGUGAUAUCCAAUGCCGCGACUGCCGCGAGACCCUCCAGCAGGAACCCCAAUAUUCCACCGUUAGCAUAUCAGACUCCAAAGACUCCAACCGCAAGGCCGAUCAUGAGUACCAAGGGGAAAAGUAUCGACUAUUCUCAGUAUUAUAGCAAUCAGUCCAAAUCUCGCUCUAAUAAGUACGCGUCGUCAUCGAAGCCGUAACCGAAGCCAUCUUCAUUUCGUGAGGUGAUCGUAACGUAACGUUACGUAAGUUACGUAACAUUUUAUGGGGUGGUUUGGAGUAAGAGUCUUUGUAAGUGCCACGCAGCGUUACAAAGGAUUGGGUCAGGUGUCCGUUAUCUUUGAAAUUUGAGGAAAAUUAACCUUUCCUGGUCUCAAAACGUGAUAUGUGGUGUAAACAUAACUAAUACUUUUUGGAAAACAUAUUUAAAAGAAAGCUUUUAGAGGCCUCUCAGGCGCCCUAAGGGGCGCACAUCUAAAAAUUGUUAUUUUGGCAAAAAAAAGGUCGUUUCUCAAUAAACAUCAUCAAAUUGAGACCCUUUAAGACAAACAUUUUGUCCGUUUGGCAAAGGUAAUAGAGCGAAGCAUUUCGUAACUAUUUUAAAUGAUUUUUCCAAGUUUUCCCGCGGGUUCCAUCCGUUAUCCCCAGCAGUUUUGAGUAAUUUGUUCUCGGGAAAAAGUGGUCCUUUCGCUAAUUGUUAGUGGCAAAAAUAUACAUGUACCGGAAAACAAAAACAAAAAACGCUUCCCAGCCACAGUGGAAACGAAAGGUAGAUUUCGACUAAUCGUUUCUAUGAAAACAUUUGCGCCUCAUGAGCCUAAUGAAAUAAAAAGAAUGUCGUGAGGUAUACGGUAGGUCCGUCAGCGGACGACGAUUUUGCCCCAACAGUCCACUUCUAGACUUGUGCCCAGCCGAUGACUGUCCUCAAGACGGUAAUUCCGUACAUGGUGACAGUUUUUUUUCCCUUCUUUUUUUCUUUUUUUUCUUUGUUUUCUUUGCACUGUACGAUAGUCAUGUGGACUGUUAAUGCAAAGCUAAUUUUAUUCCUCUCCGUGUAUGCAUUUGCCCAACGUCCUGACGUCCUGUAUUGAUUGUAAUGGCGUUAGUAUUUAAUUUGUUUUUAUUAUUUUUUCUUGAAGAUGUGGGAGGCGAUCCAGCAAGCCACACCAAUCUGAGAGGGAGGAACGACAAAGCAUACCUAAAGUUCUGCGUGUGACGAAAAUACGUAGAUUCUUAUUUGAGAAGCUACUACAUUAAAAAUAAAAUCCUUAAAACAGCCCGGUGCAAUAAAUUAAGACACGAAAAUGAAAGAGGUAGUGGUAGGUGGACGAUAUUAGCAUUUCCAAGUAAUUGUGGCUGUACCCCAAUAAAUUAGGUCACUAAUCCAAAUGUUGCUUUAAUACUCCAACCUGAGUUGCGGCUCUACCACAAUUAAUCGGAAAUGUUCAAUUCAUCCAACAAACUGGGAUAUUGAACCAACACUUAAAAGGAAAACCCCUAACACUUUUUUUCCGUGGAGCAAGUGUUCAAGCUCUAUGGUAAGUGCGAACUCGAAUGGCUCGUACUUGAUGAGUGAGGACCUCAUUUUGUAAGGCAAAAAACUUAACUCCCGAGUUUGCCCCCCAGAACGCUAAUGAAAAUAGUCGAUUCAGGAAUCGUUAUCGCCCUGUAAAAUACUUUCCAUCCGAAUAUUCAACCACAUAUACUUCAUCAUCUGUUUGACAAGGAUGCAGAAAAUUUCCAGCCUUUUUAUAUCAAGAACCCUCUUCUCCCUUAAACUGUCCCAGUGAUCAACACGAAGCUAAUGUAUGCACGAAAUGCUGCAAUUUUCAUCGCGUGAAAGACACGCGAUUUCAUGACUCCUAUAAAUAAGGCAUCACAAAUUGUCGGUAAAUAAAAACAUGGAACGCCCUUGGAAGCGUAUAUUUUAAAGUGUAAUAUUUGAGCAGUAUUUAAGCAAUCCAGUUUUGUGCGGAUAUUUUACUUGAAGUGGACAAGGAGGUCAUAAUUGGAGGUGUGAUCACAUCAGAUGACACGAAUUUGACUUGCAGCUAUACCAGCAGUCUUACUUUCAUGAGCAAUGGGUCCGAAGACGUCGAGUAGUACCUUAAGGGAAAGAAGACAAGAUUAUAGGAUGACUUAACCACACAUAUUCACACUAGGUAUCAUGAAAGAAAAGAGCUCAUGAAGUUUAUCCUUAUCUUUUUGAUCGGAGAAUCGUAUUAUUCUCGGAGUAGAGUUUGUAUAAAACCCUGUUCGAUCAAAAACUGGUUUAUUUGAAACUGCCGUCAUUAACAGAUAAUCACUGUAAUAUUAUGUAAUAAUUAAUGUAAACUAGUAUUAUGAAAUGUACCAUAGCAACUAGAUUAAAUAAAUAUAAUCUUAUCAUCUAAUUUCAG